AUGGACCACAUGUCUCCCAGGCUGAGGGCCUUCCUCUCUGAACCCAUUGGAGAAAAAGAUGUUGCCUGGGUAGAUGGGGUCAGCCGUGAGCUUGCAAUCAAUCUGUGCACCAAAGGUUUCAACAAGGCCUACAUCCUGUUGGGACAGUUCCUUCUGAUGCACAAGAACGAAGCCGAGUUUCAGAAGUGGCUCAUUUGCUGCUGCGGUGCCACCGAGUGUGAGGCCUUGGAGAGCUCGAACUGCCUGAAGGAGUGGUGCUCCUGCUUCCUGUAG